AUGGUGCCCCCCGUGUGGCUCUGCUUGCUGCACGGCUCCCUCCUCCUGCUGGCCAGAGCGCGGCAGAGCCGCGGCCCCGCGGGCGCCUGCCCGCUGCGCGCCAAGCAAAGUGAGCUGAACUCCUUCCUGUGGACUAUCAAGAGGGAUCCCCCAUCCUACUUCUUCGGCACUAUCCAUGUCCCAUACACUCGCGUGUGGGAUUUCAUCCCCGACAACUCCAAGAAGGCCUUCCAGCAGAGCCACAUCGUCUACUUUGAGCUGGACCUCACCGACCCCUACACCAUCUCCGCGCUCACCAGCUGCCAGCUGCUGCCCCAGGGGGAGAACCUGCAGGACGUGCUGCCCCGCGACAUCUACCGCCGCCUCAAGCGGCACCUGGAGUACGUCAAGCUCAUGAUGCCGUCGUGGAUGACGCCGGACCAGCGAGGCAAGGGGCUCUACGCCGACUACCUCUUCAACGCCAUCGCUGGCAACUGGGAGCGCAAGAGGCCCGUGUGGGUGAUGCUCAUGGUGAACUCGCUGACGGAGGUGGACAUCAAGUCCCGCGGCGUGCCCGUCCUCGACCUGUACCUGGCGCAGGAAGCAGAGCGGCUGCGGAAGCGAACGGGGGCCGUGGAGAAGGUGGAGGAGCAGUGCCACCCGCUGAACGGGCUCAACUUCUCCCAGGUGAUCUUUGCUUUGAAUCAGACUCUCUUGCAGCAGGAGAGCCUCCGAGCAGGCAGUUUCCAGAUCCCCUAUACGACAGAGGACCUUAUCAAGCAUUACAACUGUGGGGACCUCAACUCCAUCAUCUUCAACCAUGACACUUCUCAAGUCCCAAACUUCAUUAAUGCUACCCUCCCACCCCAUGAACGCGUUACUGCCCAGGAGAUCGACAGCUACUUCCGUCAGGAGCUCAUCUACAAGAGGAACGAGCGCAUGGGCAGGAGGGUGAAGGACCUGCUGCAAGAGAACCCGGACAAGAGCUUCUUCUUUGCAUUUGGAGCUGGUCACUUCAUGGGCAACAACACAGUGAUUGAUGUUUUGAGGAGAGAAGGGUACGAGGUAGAGCACACUCCAGCUGGACAAGCCAUCAACAAUGGAAAACCCCCCAAAACCUUACUCGCCUUCUCAUCAUCUUCGCCAGCACACGGCACCUACGUCGUGUCCCAGGAGGUCCCGCUGCCCUUGCACCCGCGCAAGGAGGAGGAAGAGCUCCUGCCUCACCUGCUGCUCCCCGACACCACUGACCUGCUGGAGAAGGUGGACAGAAAAUACAGGAAGAAGAAGAAGAAGCAGCAGAAGAAGCAAAGACUGCGACAGUUUAAUGACCUCUGGGUCCGCAUUGAAGAAAGCACUACGGACCCUCCUCCCCGUAUCCGCAUCAUCAACGGCUACGUCGCGCUGGAAGCGCAGCCCCGGGCCCACGGACGCUUCGGCCGCGCUGGGUUUCAGGCGAUAUAUUAA